GAAAUACCAUUUUUAAUACUUACGACAUUUGGUAAAACCGCGAGAAGAGAAAGAGGGAAAAAAGGAAUUGAGCAGAAAACAGGGUUUGUACAGAGUAGCCAGCAACGACGAUUUUUUUUGAAGAGUGAAGAAGAAAAGCAGAUGGGUAAAGGUAAUCCACAGAAAUCAGGAACCGGCGGGGAUCUUCACGCGGCGGCGAGGUCCGGCGAUCUCACAGCAGUUCAGUCAAUUUUGAUUUCAAAUCCUUUGUCCGUUAAUUCCAGAGAUAAGCAUUCCAGAACACCACUUCAUUUAGCAGCAUUUUCUGGGCAAACUGAGGUAGUCAGUUACCUAUGCAAGAACAAGGCUGAUGUUGGUGCUUCCGCUAUGGAUGACAUGGCUGCAAUACACUUUGCGGCACAAAAGGGUCACUUAGAAGUUGUUCGGGCUCUGGUUUCGGCUGGUGCCUCUUUCAAAGCUGCUACUCGUAAAGGCAUGACUCCAUUACACUUUGCUGCUCAAGGCUCCCAUUUGGAACUUGUCAAGUAUUUGGCUAAGAAAGGGGCAAGUCUAAGUGUCAAGACAAAGGCGGGAAAGACUCCGUUGGAUCUUGCUACCAAUGAUGAAGUCCGCACCUUUCUGGAGGGAUUUGUAAAAUCAGAUAAGAAUGAAGAAUCGAGAAACGGAGAUAAAGCUGAAGAAUCUGAUCCAAAGCAGAAUGAAGGAUCCAAUCCAAAGGCAGACGAAGAAUCUGAUCCAAAAGAAAAGGAAGAAUCCAAUCGAAAGGCAGCUGAAGAAUCUGAUCCAAAAGAAAAGGAAGAAUCCAAUCGAAAGGCAGCUGAAGAAUCUGACUCAAAAGCAUCCUCCUUGGGAUUCAAAGGUGAUGAACCUCCUACAGUUGCUGUUGAUGAAGAAGAGGGAGAAAGAGGAAAGAGGAAGGUUAAUGAAAAUGAUGCAACAGAAGACUCAUCGAAACCAAAAAAGGCAAGAGUUAAGCUAAGCCACCUUCAAAGCUCAGAUGAUGCUGAAGAAGAAGAAAACUGAAAACUUGUAGGUUAGAGGCAUAAUAGAAUGGAAAUUUUGUUCUCAUAGCUUGUAAUAGUAUCUGAUUUAUAAUUUGCAAUCCCUUUGUUGGGUUGGUAGGUUGGACCAUCUAUUGACAGUUUAAUGAGACUUUUUCUAAAUCAGCACAAUUUUAUCGUCAA